AUGGUUUUAGAAUAUGCAAUGACAAACAGAUUAAGCAUCAUAAACACGUCAGACUCACCGCCCACCUUUCGCACUAUAAGGGCGGAAGGUUGGCCGGAUUUAACCAUGGUUUCUUCCCAAUUAGCAAAUCAAAUGUCGGAAUGGCAUGUUAUGGACAUUCCCUCUCUGAGCGACCACAGAAUAAUCAGCUAUCUAAUGGGCGCUCAGUUAACUUAUACUCUGAAACAGAGGUUCAAGACAGCUUAUGGAGGACAUCAGAAGUUCCUUAAUUUGCUUCGUCCUUAUGUAGGUCAAUUGAUUUUCAACUUCCAAGCAAGCAACACCAUAGACGGACUGGAUGAUGCCUACAGGCAUUUAAUUGGAACUCUAACAAGUGCAGCAAAACAAACGUAUAAGAAAAAAACACCCAGCAGCCAGAAGAAAGAACUUUCCUGGUGGAAUGACAAACUAACGGCAAACAGAAGCAGAGUUCGGGCGCUCAGAAGACUGGCACAGUCAGAAACAGAUUCCAUACAAAGGGACCAAAAAAUGCAGACGUACAAGAAGGCACUUGCGCAAUACAAACUACAGAUAAUAAAGGCCAAAUCCGACUCCUGGCAGGAACACUGUAGUAGAAUACCGGAAAUUUUUGGGAAAAUACAAAAAAUCGCCGCAGGUAAGGUCUUUAGACCGACUCAAUUGACUGCGAAUGUGGCCCCUGACGCACCAAAUACAAGAAAUAUUCUUUCGGUAAUACUGAAAACGGUUUUUCCUUCAGAUGAUCCCGCCAAUGACUCAGAAACGCAUACAUUAAUAAGGACGCAAUUUCAGGAAAAAUUCUGCUGGUCUUCCAUAAAUGGAGACUAUCUCCCACCAACAAUAGAGGAGGUAGACCUUAAUCAUAAAUGGUUUGGCAAGGAAAAAGGCACCGGGGCCGGAUGGCCUAGACAAUAUAAUACUCAAGGCAUUGCAUAA